CUUUCCACGUUAUACACAAUAAUCUACAACAACACCACACACCAUGGCAGACCGGUUAACACAGCUGCAGGACUGCCUAGACGACCUGGCGACCCAAAUGUUCGCAUCAAUCCGAUACAUCCAAACACGCCAUCAAUUCGGCAUCAUCCCAGACCAACCAGACAUGUCCGACCCAAUUUCCAACGCUCCAGCUCCUCUCCAACCAAAUGCCGCCCCAGAUGCUCCCACAGCUACUGCCGUCGAACAAGACACCAACGCCAACUCUGCCCUGGAAGCCCACGAACAUGGCCAACCUCGUCCUGAUGAUCCUGCGACCUUUCAAGCUGCAUUGAGAGAGUUGGCAAGGGAUCUGGUGCUUAAGGAGCAGCAGAUUGAGUAUUUGAUCUCCGUCUUGCCUGGUAUUGGCGAGAGUGAAGCGAAUCAGAAUCAGAGGAUACUGGUCUUGGAGAAGGAGCUGAGGGAAGCUGACGAGGAAAGGAAACAGGCGCUGGCGGAAAGAGAAGCCAUGCUCGAUAAACUGGGUGCUUUGGCUGGAGAGUGCAAGAGGAUUUUUUGAUUCACUCGCUCGAGGCAUGAUUUAUGAUUUUUAUGAUACCCCAUGGCCUGCUAUAGACAGACCAAUGCGCAAACAGAGAGACGAUAUCAACCAGAACGCUGUGUUAUCACCUGUAAUGGCUGACCAUCCACUGCUUUCGAGAAAUCAUCGUGCCUCUUGACAGCAACAAAACCUGCUGUAAGAUGGUCUUGGA